AUGUGGUACUUUGUGUUUAUGACAAUCGUUGGUCUCGUUUCUGGUGUGUCAAUUACCGUUGACAGUUUCCAAGCUGGACAUGAAGGAGCAAAUGCAGUCGACAACGAUACCACUACAUUCUGGCAUACCGAAUAUAGUCCAUCCUUAGCAGCACUGCCUCAUUCCGCAGUCAUCGAUCUUACGAAAUCACAGCUGCUGAAUGGCUUCUAUUAUCUUCCCCGUCAAGAUGGAAACAAGAACGGAAACAUUGGCCAGUAUAUCAUUGAGUUGAGCCUUGACUCUUCCACCUGGACCCUGGUAGCUAAUGACAGUUUCAUCGACGAUGAUUCGCCGAAACAGACGGGCUUUGCGAAUAGGCAAGCUCGAUAUGUUCGCCUUACCGCACACACUGAAGCCGGAGCUCGCGGAUCCUGGUCCAGCGCCGCCGAAUUUGGCGUUAAUAUUGCCCCUACUUCCACGGUCAACGGCCAGUGGGGACCCGUCAUCGCCUUUCCGAUAGUCUUUGCCGCAGCCGUCGUUAUCCAUGACACGGGGAAGAUCGUAACGUUUGCCUCUUACAAAAUCAACGCGUUUAGCGGAUCAGGAAAUACCUACACUGCAACAUACGAUCCCGCCACAGGCCUUGUCACUGAAAGAAAUGUGGUUAAUACAGCGCAUGACAUGUUCUGUCCUGGGAUGUCUAUCGAUGCGAAUGGGCGAGCUGUUGUGACAGGCGGUGAUGAUGCCAGCAAAACAUCCAUUUAUGACCCCUCAAGUGAUAGCUGGAUAAUUGGCGCUACUAUGCAAAUUUCACGAGGCUACCAAGCAUCGACAACCUUGUCAGAUGCCCGAAUAUUUACCAUCGGUGGUUCCUGGAGUGGUGGCCGUGGCGGUAAGAAUGGCGAGAUCUACAAUGCAACUUCAAACGCCUGGUCUCUCCUCAGUGGAUGCCCCGUCGCCCCAAUGCUCACAAACGAUUCAGCAGGAAUAUUUCGGCAAGACAACCAUGGAUGGCUCUUUGGAUGGAAAAGCGGAUCUGUCUUUCAAGCUGGACCUAGUAAAACGAUGAACUGGUACGGAACCUCUGGGAGCGGAUCACAAACCUCAGCUGGACUACGUGGUUCAGAUGGAGAUUCUAUGAAUGGAAAUGCAGUCAUGUAUGACGCUGUCAACGGUAAAAUAUUUACAGCUGGCGGCGCGGUCGAUUACCAAGACGUCGAUGCCACGAGCAACGUCCAUCUCAUAACUCUCGGUACCCCAAAUACCACUCCAACUGUUCAGACGCUCACUUCGAUGAAUUAUCAGCGGGCCUUUGCCAAUGCGGUUGUCUUACCGAAUGGGAAAAUUUUCAUCACAGGAGGCCAAGUUCACGCCGUGCCAUUCACCGAUGCUACCUCCAUCCUCACACCUGAAUUGUGGGAUCCAGCAACUCAAACUUUCACUGUCCUUCCACCGCAUACAGUUCCACGGAAUUAUCACAGUAUAGCAUUGCUCAUGCUUGACGGACGCGUAUUCACUGGGGGUGGAGGCCUUUGUGGCGACUGCCCUACAGGUGAAGCCAAUCACGCAGACGCGCAGAUCUAUAGCCCAGCGUACCUCUUCAAUUCCGACGGAACAGCAGCAACAAGGCCAGCUAUUACCUCGAUUUCUUCGACCACUUCAGCCGUUGGCGGCAAGGUCACCGUCGUUGCUGAUAGCUCAAUUAGCAGCUUUUCUCUCAUCCGUUUUGGCUCGGCAACACAUACUGUAGACACUGAUCAGCGUCGUAUAGCUUUGACUCCGACGACGACUUCUGGAACCACUUACACGCUUACAAUUCCAAGUGACUCGGGCGUGGCAUUGCCUGGAUAUUGGAUGCUGUUUGCUCUCAAUAGCGCUGGGGUGCCUAGUCUUGCAAAGUCUAUCAAGAUUACAAUUUCAUGA